AGAUGCGGGCGUGGGGUUGGCACUGGCACCGCUACAUUUGGCCCCGUGCGUCUAUAGCGUCCAGAGUGCCAGUGGCGGAGUGACUUCCUCGACUCCCACACGCUGACGAAGCUCCUUCUCUGUAGGGGGAGUGGUCGAGGCUGGCUUAGAACACAUUUACAGGAGAUACGGAUAGAGAUAAAUUAUGAACGAGAGUGAAACGAUAAAAGAGAGAGUGACGAGUGAGGCCUCUCGAGUAAAGACAAGUGGCAGUGACGUGGGUGAGAUGUCAGGAGAAGGUACAGUGCCUCAUCACGAGAAGGACAACUCUGCGGCGCAUCUACACGACCAGAUUCUCCCGACUGACCACAAUGCAAAGGCCGGAAAAACAAACCAGCACGGACGGGGAGGCCAGCCUACGAGUGAGGACAGAACAGGUCAACCCACGACGAUAGAUAAUGGCGUCAGACCUACUGGGUCACCGGAUUCCUCCAAGGUACCCUUGGGUAUCAGCACCAUGGAGGACGAGACACCGGCGGCCGUGAACAUUAGGCCUCGGUACUCGAAAUUCUUGGAGACGACCGGGAAGAAGGUGCUUGUACGAAACUGUAGCAUGGAGGAAGUGGUACAAAAGAUCCAAGAAGGAUGUACACUGUGGAAAGUCCGCGGCAUAAACAAGUGGUUCCAGCGGCACUACAAGGUGGACAUCGAUAAUAUGUGCCUUGUAGGGGAGUCCAAGAAGUGGUGGUCUCCAGGUAGUGGUGUUGGCAGCGAAGGAGCAGAAAACGCAGUGCCACUUGUAGAAAUCACAGAAAUUAGAGAAGGAUGGAAGACAGACACCUUCAAUAAAGUAAGCUCUCACACAGAGAAGCUGAAGGAGAAGGGUGGAGUUGCAGGUGAUGAGCCUGUCCUGGAAGAGAACAAGUGCUUCUCAAUUAUUCACGGCCAGGGAGGCAGAGAAGUAUUGGACUUGGUUGCAUCAACAGAAGAAGAGAGGGAUGCCUGGGUGACUGGGCUGUCGCACCUCGUUCAGUCGGUCAAAGCGUUACACGAAGAGAAGCAAUAUGAUGUAUGGCUAAGGAAGCAGUUUGAGGAGGCUGAUAAAGACAAUAAUGGGUCACUUAAUUUUAGUGAAUGCUGUGCUCUGUUGAAGCAGCUAAAUAUUAAAAUGGACAAGAUUCAUGCCAAGAAACUUUUCAAUCAAGCGAACACCAGCAAGCAGAAGAGAGAUGGAGAGCAGGUAUUAGAGGUUGAGGAAUUUGUGGCCUUCUAUCAUGCUCUACUGAAAAUGCCAGAGGUUGAAAAACUAUAUAAGAAGUAUUGUAGUGAGAAGACAGGGUUAAUGAGUGCAGACCAACUAUGUGCCUUCCUUCACAAAGAGCAGGGUCUUACAGACUAUGAUCAUAGUCAAGCCACCAAGCUUAUGAAUGAAUUUGAAAUUAGUAACCUUAAGGACCAAGGCUACAUGACUCAGGAUGGUUUCUAUCACUUACUGCUUUCGGACAUGUUCGAUGUGUUCAACUGCAACCACCAGAAUGAAGUUCAUCAGGACAUGACUCAGCCAUUGUCACAUUAUUUCAUUGACUCAUCACACAAUACGUACCUGACAGGGAAUCAGCUUGCUGGAGAGAGCAGUGUUGAAGGGUACAUCAGUGCACUGAAACGAGGCUGUAGGCUGCUUGAGUUGGACCUCUGGGAUGGAGAUGAUGGAGAACCAAUUAUCUACCAUGGUCACACUCUGACCUCAAAGAUCACCUUAGCUGAUGUUCUCAGAGACGGCAUUAAAUUGUAUGCGUUUGAGGCAUCAUCCUACCCCGUCAUUCUCUCAAUAGAGAACCAUCUCAGUCUGGAUCAGCAGAGGACUAUGGUGAAGCUUAUGAAGGAUAUUCUAGGAGAUAUGCUGGCAACGGAUCCAGUCCCAGAUGACAUUACUGUUAUGCCCUCACCAGAAGCUCUCAAGAACAAAAUUAUUAUCCGUGCCAAGAAACCAAAAGGCUCAGAAGUGGAGGAUGAUGAUGAAGAUGAUGAUGACCAGGACAGCAUUGAUUACAUAGACAGUGACGACGGGGCAGCACAGUCAAAGAAGAAACCUCACAAACCCUUAGCCCCAGAAUUACGACAGAUAGUCAAUGUGCUAGAAGGAAAGAAAUUCCUUAAUUUCCAGGAUGCCUUUGAGACUUAUAAGUGCGUGAACACCCCUUCCAUUGGGGAGACCAAAGCUAAGGGAUUAGUGGAGAGCUAUCCCGAUGACUUCCUGAAGUUCACUGAAGGUCACGUCACCAAGGUGUAUCCUCUGGGGACACGAACAAACUCUUCUAACUUGAAGCCUUAUCCUUUCUGGAGUCUUGGAUGCCAGAUUGUUGCCCUGAACAUGCAGACGGAGGACAAAGCAAAUUUCUACAAUGAUGCCCUUUUCAAGAGUAAUGCCAACUGUGGUUAUGUACUUAAGCCAGACAUUCUUCUUAAAAAGGAGCCAUACAGUCCUUCAGAACUGUCUGAUAGGUACACUAAAGUCAUCCGUGUGACAAUUCUUAGUGGGCAGCACCUUCCAAACUCAGCCAAGAAGGGAGAUAUUGUGGAUCCUUAUGUGCAGGUUAAGGUCCGCGGUCAUCCUCUAGACAAACAGAAACAACGAACUAAAUUAGUGAAAAAUAAUGGCUUUAAUCCAGUAUGGAAUGAGACUUUAGAGUUGCGCAUAAAAGUACCUCAAGUUUCUUUGAUAUACUUUUCACUUCGUGAUGAGAGUUCACUUGCUCGAGAUCCAGUUCUUGCUUUGUGCUGUAUUCCAUUCAACUCUCUCACUACAGGCUAUAGAUUUGUCCAUUUAAUUGACCUGGGAAGCAAGUCAUUAGCACCUUCUGCUCUCUUUGUUCAUAUUAGUAUUAGUGACAACUGAAAGAACUUGACAUCAACCACCAUAAGUUAUCAGAAGCAAUAAGUCACUCUAAAAAGUGUUCCAGGAUUUAAUUACAUUAAGCUGUUGGUUCCACUCAGCAUUUCAUUGUAAUGGUAGCUAGAAAAUGUCACAUUUUGCUUCUUUAUUCCCAAGCCACAUCACAACUAAAUCUAGGCAGAUGAAAGCUUUUCAAAGAAAACUGAGUAAGAUUAGUGCAAAAUGUCCAUGAUUAGUAAAGUAAGUAAAAAUUAAAUUGAUAUGUUUACCAGGCCCAUGUAGCACAGCUACCAAAACCAUUAAUAUUCAGUGUAAACAAUAUCUGUUUACAUCAUAAGUGAAUAUGGCUUCAAUCCUGUUAAAAUGGAGCAUUGAUGAAAGUUGCUGUACUUAGGAUAUGAUAUUUGACUGGCUUUCAAAAUGUACCAGAGCUUAAACUCAAAUGAUGAGCAGUGUUCACUAGCUUGCCUUGGAAUGAUAAGAAGUUCCUCUCACUGUAAAGGUUUAGUAAUGCCUAAAUUGCAUUAACUCUUAAUCUUAAUAAGAAUCCAGUAAGACUGAAAGAAUUCUUGACAAUUCCUUUCUUUAAGAUUUUCAAAGGCAGUGUUCUAUAACAAAACUGCUGACUAGCAAAACCUUCAUUUUUGUUGUCUGAAAUUUUUCCAGUAAAUGUCAUUAUUUUACAAAUCUGAUGCAGCUUAUAAAAAAAAAAAAAAUGUUACAUGCUUAAAUAUGUUCCCAUUAUGUCAGCCUAAAAUAAAAAUGCAACUUAAUACAUAGCACAGUUGGAAAUAGAAUUGCAUGUUAAGUCAGUAAGCUAUCACAUAUAUGAUGUAAAGACUGCUACGGUUGAUGAACAUUUAUUAACACUUACUUCAAAUAUCUUGUCAUGUCUUAAACCCUCCUAUCUUAAAACAAUGAAACACAAAGAGGUGUAUUUUUAGGGCUUUGAUAAGCUAAACUUACCCUAUAGAAGGCAAAUUAUAUUUUCUGUUCUUGUACUAGUAUAUCAUCAUUUUGGUAAUAUCAGCUAUAUUAGCUGUUAAAAGGCCAUUUAGUACUUUAUUCAUAUGUAAAUGCAGUUAACAGCACAAUGGUAGCAGUGUUUGUUUUGAUAGUUUAGCAUAUUGAGGUUUUAAAGAUAUUGCCUAACAUUUGCAGCUUACAUUAAAUGGAUUUAGCCCAUGUAGGGAGAAAGCGUUUAGUACCACAGUUAUUUGAGUUGCAGUCUGAAGUCCUCUUCCAGUAACAUGAAGUGUGCAUCCUAUUUUUGUUUAUUCUAUCACAUGGAAUUGUGAGUGGUAAGAACAUGUAUAAGUGGUACUGAAAACUUAUAUUUCUUAUGCAGCAGUAAUUUUCUUACCUGGCAUUUAUAAGAAAGUAGUGUUAAUGAUUUUAUGACAGCUUUUUUAUACAAAAUGAAUUUACAUAUAUAUAGAUGUCCAUUUUUUAUGCUGUGUGAUUGUAUGACUAUAAUAUUAAUUGGUAGUUUCAUUUAUAUUUUCAUUUUGAAUUACAGUAAAGGUAAAAAGUAAACAUAGUGACUUUAUUCGAAUAUUUCAUAUGAAUAUGUAAGCUGAAAUCAUUAGGUGCUCAUGAGUUGAAUUAAGAUGAAACGGCAUUCACAAUAUUAGUUUAUUUAGAUUGUGCUUGUUUUAUUUUCUAUUGAUGCAGCUUCUUAAUGCUUUACUGCAAGCUAUGUCCAGGCAGUGAAAGUUUGCUUAUAUCCUCAUUGUGUAGCUUUUUGGUUGUGAAUUGUGAUAUUAUGUGAGAGCAGAUCAUGAAUACAAUAGAAAAAAAUAACCAGCACCAUAAUUUUUUAUAUUGUCACCCCCAAAAUCCUUUGAUCUAGUUCAUAGCUUUGUUAAUAAACUUACAAGCCAUGUAUUGAAAGAGAGGAAAAAUAUGAAUUGUUUGAAGGUAACAAGAACUAGAGAGAAAUUUUAUAGUUAGGAGAAUCAGAUCAUACAAAAUCAUCAUGACUGUUUUGUUAUUUUAUAUCUAAAAUCAGAGAUUUACUUAGUCCUAAGUUAUAAGCCAAAUUUAGGAUUUCUUUAUAUCCCUGUACACGUUAUUAAAGUCAGUGAUGGAAGUGUGACUUUUUUCCAGAAAAAUAUGAAAAAUUCAUAUACAUAUUUUCCACCAUUUUGCCUUGUAUUAUCUUCCUUUAAGAACUGUAUUUUGACAUAAGUAAGUUUGAUAGAUUUCCAGCAUUUUGUCACUAAUAGCACCACAUAUAUUUUGGAAAUAUGUGUCAUUUGUCAUUAAUUUAAUUGUUAAGACAUUUGCUUUUGUAAUUUCAAGAUGCUUUUAUUUUGUAUUGCAUGUUUAUUUACAAUCCUAAAUUUAGUAAUUUAAACAACCUAGAGAGAGAAUUCAUACUAAAUUCAGAUCUUUAGUGUCUAUAGUAAUUCUUGUUAAGGUGCAUUAAGGUUAUACUACACAGGUAUGCCGAGUACAUUGCUACAUGCAUUGGCCUUACUCAAAAAAUAUUAUUACUGAAGCUAAUUCUGUGAUUCCCACCCUGUGAUUAUGUACAUUAAAAUUGAAUAAGAUUUUUGCAUGGUAUUUCACAUCAUCACAACUGAAAUUAUCUCAUAAAGGCUUAUUUUCUCAAAACUGCUCAUGCAUUUGUGCAAUUGAUAUCACUUAUGUUACAUAUAAAUAAAGUGUCGCUUAUUAAU